GUCCUCUCCUCUCAAAAUAAAGGAAGUUUUUUUUUCUACGUUUUUUCGUGCCCAGUUUAAACUUUUCAAUUAAAUUUUCGUGUUGCUUUAAUUUUCACACACUUUCUCUCUCUUCUACAAUUUCAGAAAAAUGUGGGAACCUCUGGAGAAUAUGGGCAUGACGGCUACCGGGUUGUUAAUGGCCUUGUUAUGUUCUUAUGUGUUAUUUGGCCGAUUGUUGGGCAUGUACGUUUUUGACACCACAGGUGCCAAUGGUGUUCGCAAAAGACUUAUGGUGCAAGUCGUGGUCUUGGGCGAUAUUGGCUGCUCACCUCGUAUGCGAUACCAUGCCACUUCAUUAGCUGAUUCCGGCUGCACUGUUGACCUCAUUGGCUACGCCGAAACGAAUCCUGGUGCAAGAAUUAAUGUAAAUCGGUACAUUCGUGUACGUCGUAUUCGUCAAGCUUGGUCUGUACCUGAAGGAAGCCCUAAAGUAUGUUAUUUAUUGUGGGCUCCGUUCAAGGCUAUCUUUUUAUCACUGCAAUUGUUCUGGUUGAUGGGAUGUAUCAGUCAGCGCCCUGAUUUCAUCAUUGUCCAAAACCCACCGUCCAUUCCUACGCUCAUGAUUGCGCGUAUUGUGGGUGUGAUUCGCAAGGCCUGGGUAAUUAUCGACUGGCACAAUUUUGGCUACUCCAUUCUCGGUAUGAAAUUGGGCAUGGACCACAAGGUGGUACGACUUGCAAAAUGGUACGAACAGAAAUAUGGGCAGAAGGCAUAUGCGCAUUUGACGGUCACAGACAAGAUGCAUGCGGAAUUAAAAGACAAUUGGAAGGUGAAUGGCAAGAUCUUGACACUCAAAGAUAAGCCGCAGUCGGAUUUCAAGAGAUUGACUGUGGACCAAAUUCACCGUCAAUUUACAUUUUCGCUGGGCGUGAUCCAAAAGACGGUUUUGGAAAGUCCCAAUGGGAAGGAAUUUCUGGGAAAAUUCAAUAAUCCCAAAUUAGGAACACUUUUAACGGACGCUGAUGACGAAGGAUUUUUAAUGUGGAGAGAGGAUCGACCCAAAUUAAUUGUGUCUUCUACCUCUUGGACGGAAGAUGAAGAUUUUAGUGUGCUUUUGAAGGCGAUCGAGUUAUAUGAGGCACAGGCCAAACCUUCUGAUCCUCGUCUCUUGUUUGUGAUUACCGGAAAGGGACCCCAGAAAAAGUUUUAUGAGGAGAAAAUAAAGCAAAUGACGCUAGUCAAGACACGUAUUAUUACAGCAUGGUUAGAAACAGCAGAUUAUCCCAUGUUAUUAGGUAGUGCAGACCUAGGUGUUUCGUUACAUACCAGUUCAAGUGGCAUGGAUCUGCCAAUGAAAAUCGUUGACAUGUUUGGAUGUGGACUGCCUGUCUGUGCCAUUCAAUUCUCAUGGUAAGAAAAAAAAAAGGGAAAAGGGAUAGUUCCAUAUUUUUUUAAAAUAUGUUUUUUUAGCCUGGAUGAGUUGGUGCUAGAUGGUCAAAACGGCCUUAUUUUCGAGAACAGUCAAGAUUUAGCCGAACAAUUUAUGGAAUUGUUUGUGAAAAAUCCAGAAAAAUUAAUAACUUUGCGCAGUCAAGUCAUUUCAGAGUAUAAAGACAACACGUGGCAAGCACAAUACAAGGAUGUUCUAGUCAGUUUAUUCAAUCAAAAAACUUCAUAAUUUAAAAAAAUAAAUCUUUUUUUGGGAUGGAACGAAAAAGUCGGUCAUUCAAUGCCACGUUGUGUAAUCAGCUUUUUUAAUUGCCUUUGUUGGCUCUUAUUUGUGGAGAAUUUCCUUUUCUCGGACCGGUUUGGAAUGUAU